AAAGCUAGAGAGAGAGGCAUAUGUGAAGCAUGAUCAUGGCUAUGUUGAAGGGUCAUCAUCACCGCUAUCUGACGAUCUUCUAUUUCUAAGAAGAUAUAUCUGAGCCUUUUGCUUAGGUUGGUUUUCCAUGGCAGUCGAUGUUGCCUUAUUAACCCACCAAGUUUGAAUCUUGAGCGAGACUUCCCUUCUUCCUCCUCCUCCUUCUCGAUCCCUCAAAGAAACAGCACCUCUCCCUAUUUCUUCUUCUUCUUCCGAAGCUGUUGGAGAGAAAAUCAACAUCAACUUUUCAGAAAGAAAGAUAGAAACUUUGCGGGUUCAUGGCUGGAGAAAUCUGUGAAGAUAAAACAAGGAAUAACAUGGUCUCCUCCUCGGCUGGUGCCUUUUGCUACUCAGAUCAAACCCAUCUUGUGAAUCAGAUCCAAGCCUUCGAAUCAAACCCUGAGAUUUUCAACUUGACAACAGGCAUGGAGAUGAUAGGAUUUUCCAAGAAUCAGAGUGACUCCAGCAGCUGGAAAGGGGUGUUUGGGAAACCUGGAAAUACGGCCGGUCCUUCUUCUUCAAAGACUACAAUUAAUGAUCAGUCUACAGCAGAUUUCUACCAACAUGAAAUCCAAACAGGGAUUUCUGAAAGUGGUAGUGAGAGGUAUUUGAUAAUGGGAUCUGAUUCCGCUUCUUGGCAAGAUCAAAACAGGUUGCUUCUGGACGAUUCUUCUCUGAGGUGUGUGUUUCCUUGUGAAGGAAAUGAAAGGCCAAGUCAAGGACUUUCUCUUUCUCUUUCUUCAAGCAAUCCUACCAGUAUUGGGUUACAGUCUUUUGAACUGAGACAGACUAACCACAGUAACAUGACCCCAGAUGGGUUUUUGGGGAAAGGUGGAAAUCAGCUUCAUCAUCAAGGACAGUUCCAGCUUAGGAAUUCAAAGUACCUGGGUCCUGCUCAGGAGCUUCUUAAUGAGUUUUGCAGUCUUGGAACUAAGCAGAUGGAUGCAGUGACAAAACAAAAGCAAAAGAACAAACAGUGGGAUGAUGAGAAUGGAAGCUGUUCUUCAAGAAAGCAAUCACUUUACUCACUUGAUUUCAUGGAAUUACAGAAAAGAAAAACAAAGCUGCUUUCAAUGCUAGAAGAGGUGGACAGAAGAUACAGGCAUUACUGUGAUCAAAUGAAAGCAGUGGUAUCUUCCUUUGAGGCAGUGGCCGGUGCAGGAGCAGCUUCGGUGUACUCGGCUUUAGCCUCCAAGGCCAUGUCAAGGCAUUUCAGAUGCUUAAGGGAUGGGAUUGUGAGUCAGAUUCAGGCUACAAAGAAGGCCAUGGGGGAGAAAGACCCAGUUGCACCGGGAACAACAAGAGGUGAAACUCCAAGGCUGAGAAUCCUGGAUCAAACCAUGAGACAACAAAGAGCAUUUCAACAGAUGAACAUGAUGGAGACUCAUCCAUGGCGGCCUCAAAGGGGGUUGCCUGACAGAUCUGUUUCUGUUCUCCGAGCUUGGUUGUUCGAGCAUUUUCUUCACCCCUACCCAAGUGAUGUUGAUAAACACAUCCUAGCGCGCCAAACAGGUCUCUCGAGAAGCCAGGUAUCCAAUUGGUUCAUUAACGCAAGGGUGAGGCUGUGGAAGCCAAUGGUGGAAGAAAUGUACUUGGAAGAGCUUAAGGAGGACGAAAGCAACAUGGCAUCCUCUGAUGCUGAGAUCGGUAAUGAGAACCAAAACCCUCUGCCGGAUCAGAAACCCACCGCCGAUCAGCUUGGCCGUGUCGACUCAGAAUGUCUGUCUUCCAUCAUUGCAAAUCCGGAAAAAACUGAUCCUAAAGUUGCCAAAACUCUUCAAGACCACCACAUGCAUGGCUUCGGGACAUAUGGUGGUGCUGCCAUGGAGUUAGACUUUUCUUCCUACAACCACCACACUGCCGGUGGGGUGUCUUUCUCAGGUGAGAAUGCUAACCACAAUUUCAGUGGUGGAGGGGUAUCGUUGACGUUAGGGUUACAGCAGCACGGUGGGGAUGGGGUCAGCCUGGCGUUCUCUCCUGCAUCACAAAGCUCUUUCUUUUACCCUAGAGACCACAUUGAAGAUUGCCAACCGGUGCAGUACUCACUUUUGGAUGGCGAAGGGCAGCACUUACCGUAUCGGAACUUGAUGGGGGCACAGUUGCUUCAUGAUUUAGCAGGAUGACGACAGGGUGGAGUUCCGAGGAAAAGGAUUGAAGAUGGUAGAUAAAUAGUGUACGUCUAAAAACUCAAUACAUAUAAAUACAUAAAUCUAUACUUGGGGGUUAGGUAUACCGUGAACCUUAAAUAGUUCCGUAUGGAUGCACGUACGUAGUUUUUACUUUUUCUGGAAAUUUGAAGAACAUGUUUAUUUGGAAUUCAGUUUUUAUUAAUUGAUGCAAGCAUUAAACAGAUAUCAGUUAU